GUGCCCGCCCCUUCUGGCCCUGCAGGGCCCCUGCUUGCCUUUUAAAAGAGCCGGGCCUGCGCCAACCACGCCACACCGCAGGGACCAGGACGCACAGCUGCUUUCUGGAGCAUCUUCGUCUCCCUCUGUCUGCAUCUUGCUCCACCUGUCCAGGCGAUAGCCACACUUCUCCGUGCAGAUUCUGGGAAGCGGUGGCAUGCAACCAGCGGUGCUCCUCUGCCUCCUGGGAGCGGUGGUAGCCGCUGUCAGUUCUGUGCCUGUGAAUAGCGGGAAUCACAAUGAAGAACUGGUGACUCGCUGCAUCAUUGAGGUCCUCUCAAAUGCCUUGUCGAAGUACACUUCUCCACCCAUCACCCCUGAGUGUCGACAAAUUCUGAAGAAGAGUGGAACAGAGGUUAAAGAUGUAGAGAAAAAUGGAAAUGAAAACACAAGGUUUGAAGUAAGGUUGCUGAGAGACCAAGCUGGUGCCUCAGAAGCCCACAGUCCCUCUGAUAGGGAGGAAGGGGAAGAGGACCCCCAAGACCCAACCAGAGCAGGCACAGAGGGGGGCAGGCACAUCCAUGGUGAAGCAAGUGAACCUCAAGGGCACCUUUAUGCCUCUGACAGUCAAGUCACCAAAGAAGCAGACACACAUCAAUUUGAAAAAAGCUUGGGAGAGAACAGGGAAGGAGAAGGGGGAAAAUAUCAGAAAAGGGAGCAUAAAGAUGGUGGCAGUGAAGAGAAGCACCUUGAAGAGCCAGAGGAAACGCCGAAUGCCUUCAGCAACAAAAGAAAUGAGGCUACAGACAAGAAAAAAGAGGAGUUAAUGUCUGGAUAUGAUAAACACUCUGCUAGGAGCUCCGAGGAGAUGACACACAGCCGGGAGAGGAGUAGUCAGGAGAGUGGGGAGGAGUCAACAAGCCAGCAGAAACAUCCACAGGAGUCUAAAACUCAAUCCCAGAGCCAGGAAGAAUCUGAGGAAAGUGAGGAAGAGGACAGCCCUGAGGUGGAUAAACGACUUAUGAGACCCAGACACCACCAUGGGAGGAGCAGGCCUGAGAGGAAUCCUUCCUCAGAGGACAGGGGCCUCUAUCAUGAGCAGUCUGAGGAGUCAAAUAUGGAUUUGGCCAGCUUAGGGGACAUGAGGGGCCGCGACCCAACCAACUACAGGGCUCCAGAGGAAGAACCAGAAUAUGGGGGAGAGAUAAAGAACUACUUGGCUGUCCAGCCCACCAAUGAUCUGGAAGGGGAACAAUCUAGGGGUAGAGGAAGUGAAGAGUACAGAGCUCUAAGGAUUCCUGGUAAAGAGAGCCAAGAAGAGGACAAGAGAAAUCGCCUCAGCUCAGAGGUUGACAAUAUGGAGCAUGGAUACAGUGAAGAAAAUGAGGAAGAGUCCUCUGAGGGAAGCCACCAGCACAGGGCCAGGGGAGGUGAACUAGGUGUCAACAACAAAGAUGACAAAAGGUUCUUGGGUGGAGUAUACCACCAUGUCCAAGAAACUCAGAUGGACAAAGCAAGGAGGUAUCCACUGAGCAAGUGGAAUGAGCAAGAUAGAAAUUUCCUCAAUUAUGGAGAAGAAAGAGAUGAAGAAGGAGCCCAAGGGAAGUGGCAGCAGCAGCAGGAAUACUUACAAGGCAGUAAAGAGAACAGGGAGGAAGCUAGGUUUCACGGCAAACAGUAUGCUCCCUACCAGAUCACUGAAAAAAGGAAGCGAUUAGGAGAGCUGCUCAACUCAUAUUAUGAGCUCCCUCAGUGGAAGAGCAGUCAUUUUGAGAGAAAAAGCAACACGGAUGACAAUUAUCUUGAGGGUGAAGAGGAAAAUGGGCUGAACUUGAAUGAGAAGAAUUUCUUUCCAGUAUAUAACUAUGAAUGGUUAGAGAAAAAGCCUUCUGAUGAGGAUGUGAAUUGGGGAUAUGAGAAGAGAAACCUUGCCCCCAAGCUGGACCUGAAAAGACAGUAUGACAGAGUGGCUGAGCUGGAUCAGCUCCUUCACUACAGGAAGAAGUCAGCUGAAUUUCCUGACUUCUAUGACCCUGAGGAGCAAAUGAUCCCACGCAAUGCAGCAGAAAAUGAAAGGGACAGGAUUCACCAGCGAGUCCUGACAGAAGAAGAGGAAAAAGAACUUGAAAACUUGGCUGCAAUGGACUUGGAACUACAGAAAAUAGCCGAGAAGUUCAGUGGUAAUCGAGGGGGCUGAUGGUCAUUGGAGCAAAGGGUAGCUAUGAGAUGCAGUCCUCACGUUGUCUGUUUUCUACCACUCUGCUGAAAGAUAACCAUUUAUUUACCCAAAAGCAGAAAAUAGAAUUUACCUUUGAUUAAUUGUUGACACAAUUGGAAAUGUCUUUAAUUUUUGCCAGGAUGCUACUGAAAGUAUGAAUAGCAUGACUUGUAGCUAGUAUGCUCUUUCUUGCAAAAUAGACAUAGUACCAUGCUUGUGAUAAUGACUGCUACCAUUCUUGAAAACUAUUCUUGUCUGAGUUUGAAAUAAUAAAAGAUUUCUCUGAA